CACAGCGUGUGUGUGUGUGUGUGCUGCCAACGAACACACAAACAACGCGUGCACUUAAGUUAUCUAUUGCCCGUGUCAUCAGUCCAGAAUACUGCACAACGUUGUCACGCUAAAGAUGCACAACUCAAUAUUCGUGUGCGAGUGUGUGUGUGUUUCCUCGUCGUUCUUCCGUCUCCGAAGGAAAACGAGCCACUUCUUUUCUCCGCCUGUUUUGGGGUUUUGAGCUACAACCUGGCAACCCGCGUACAACAAGCCAGCAAGCAGCAGAGAGUCAACGAAGACUUUACACACGGGAACAACAAUCGGGUGCUUUUUGGGUCCACAGCGUCAUUUAUGGAUCGCCUCGCGGACGAAAACCGUGUAUCGCUGAGCGCGUGACGGUUGAGUCACGAGAGCAGGUCCCCCAGCGGCGACAUGCACCACCUGUGACAUUCAGUAUGCUGGCCUAUUGGACGUGAACAGGUCGAGGACAACAUAAGCAGGCUGCACCAGUCAGAGCUUGAAGCUACAGUAGGAAAGAGAUGGGCAACACGGCGACCAAGUUCCGCAAGGCUCUCAUCAACGGGGACGAGGCGCUGGCCUACCAACUGUAUGAGGGCAACCCGCAGUUCAAGGAGGCGCUGGAUCCCAACUCUACAUACGGAGAGUCCUACCAGCACAACACUCCACUGCACUAUGCUUCCCGGCACGCCAUGAGCCGCCUACUCAGGUCUUUCCUCCUAAGCAAAGAUGGGAACCCUAACAAGCGUAAUGUGCACAAUGAGACAUCUCUGCACCUUCUCUGCAUGGGGCCCCAGAUUCUAACCUCAGAGGGGGCCCUGCAACCCCGGAUCUCCCGGCCAUAUGAAGACCAACAUCGGCGGGCCGAAUCCCUACAAGUCAUCCUGGCAUGGACCGGAGCAAAGCUGGACCACGGAGAGUACGAGAGCGCUGAUAUCAAUGCCACUGACAACAAGAAAAGCUCCUGCCUGCACUAUGCUGCUGCCUCCGGCAUGAAGUCGUGUGUUGAGUUCCUGGUGCAGAGAGAAGCAGACCUGUUCGCUGAGAACGAAGACCGCGAGACUCCAUGUGACUGCGCGGAGAAGCAGCACCACAAGGAGCUGGCCCUGUGCCUGGAGUCGCAGAUGGUCUUCUCUCUUGCCCCCGAGGCGGAGGGUAUAGAGGCGGAGUACGCGGCCCUCGACCGAAGAGAGCUGUAUGAAGGCCUGCGGCCUCAGGAUCUACGGAGGUUGAAGGACAUGCUGAUAGUGGAGACAGCCGACAUGCUGCAGGCCCCUCUCUUCACCGCAGAGGCACUGCUACGUGCCCAUGAUUGGGACAGAGAGAAGCUCCUCGAGGCCUGGAUGAGCGAUGCCGGGGAAUGCUGCCAACGCUCAGGGGUGCAGAUGCCUAACCCGCCUCCAAGUGGGUACAAUGCCUGGGACACCUUGCCCUCGCCCCGGACGCCACGCGCCACCCGCUCCUCCACCACCACUUCCCCAGACCAAGUCAGCCUCAUGCCUGCCAACGAGGAGUCCUCUCUGUGUGGCAUCUGCAUGUCUUCCAUCGCCGUCUUCGAGGAACCGGUUUACAUGUCCUGUGGCCAUGAGUUCUGCAGAGGCUGCUGGGAAGGGUUUCUGAAUCUGAAGAUCCAAGAGGGUGAAGCCCACAACAUCUUCUGCCCGGCCUUUGACUGCUACCAGCUCGUGCCUGUGGAGGUCAUUGAGAGCGUGGUGUCUAGAGAGAUGGAUAGGCGCUACCUCCAGUUUGACAUCAAGGCAUUUGUGGAGAACAAUCCAGCAAUCCGCUGGUGUCCCGAGGCCGGGUGUGAAAGGGCGGUGAGACUGAGCACCCAGGGCCCUGGGACCUCCGCCUCAGACCCCCUUGGUUUUCCCCUCCUCAGGGCUCCGGCUGUAGAUUGUGGCAAAGGCCACCUCUUCUGCUGGGAGUGUCAAGGCGAGGCCCACGAGCCCUGUGACUGUGGCACCUGGAAGUCGUGGCUGCAUAAAGUCUCCGAGAUGAGACCUGAUGAAUUGGCCGGUGUGGGCGAGGCCUACGAGGACGCAGCCAACUGCUUGUGGUUGCUCUCCAACUCCAAAUCCUGCGCCAAUUGCAAGUCGCCGAUACAGAAAAACGAGGGCUGCAACCACAUGCAGUGUGCUAAGUGUAAGUAUGACUUCUGCUGGAUCUGUCUGGAGGAGUGGAAAAAGCACAGCUCAUCGACAGGAGGCUACUAUCGCUGCACUCGCUACGAAGUCAUCCAGCAGGUGGAGGAGCAGUCCAAGGAGAUGACUGAAGAGGCGGAACAGAAGCACAAGAGCUUUCAGGAACUGGACCGUUUUAUGCACUACUACACCCGCUUCAAGAACCACGAGCACAGCUACCAGCUGGAGCAGCGUCUGUUAAAAACAGCCAAAGAGAAGAUGGAGCAGCUCAGUCGAGCCCUGAGUGGAAGGGAAGGCGGCCCACCUGACACCACGUUCAUUGAAGACGCGGUCCUCGAACUACUGAAGACUCGCCGCAUCCUGAAGUGCUCUUAUCCUUAUGGCUUCUUUCUGGAGCCCAAAAGCACAAAGAAAGAGAUCUACGAGCUCAUGCAGACGGACUUGGAGAUGGUGACUGAGGACCUGGCACAAAAGGUUAACCGGCCGUAUCUCAGGACGCCGCGCCACAAAAUCAUCCGCGCAGCAUGUCUUGUUCAGCAGAAGCGGCAGGAGUUCCUUGCCUCGGUAGCCAGGGGAGUGGCCCCCAAUGACUCCCCUGAAGCCCCCAGGCGCAGUUUCGCUGGCGGAACGUGGGACUGGGAGUAUUUAGGCUUUGCAUCACCUGAGGAGUACGCAGAGUUCCAGUACAGACGGAGACACAGGCAGCGGAGGCGGGGAGACAUGUCCAGUCUCCGUAGCAACACACCCGACCCCGACGACUCCAGCGACAGCAUUUUAGACGGCCAGGAUGUUGGAGGUGGACGACGGCGUCAUCUGAUGGGCCUCGGUUCUUUGGACGAUGACGACCCGAACAUCCUGCUGGCCAUUCAGCUGUCGCUCCAGGACUCGGCGAUGGCGGAGAUCUGGUCCAACCACGACGUCCUCGCCAACGAGGCCUCGCUCGGCGCCAUCGGCAACUCGCUGCCUUCUAGGCUCGAGCAGAGUGCUCCGGGGGUAGAGGGCCUCUCCAGAGCUUCUCUAAGCAGCUCAGAACUGCUGGAGCUGGGGGAUAACUUGGCUAGACUCGGCAACAUCAACAUCAGCAGCCAGUACGCCGCUGGCGUCUCCGCCUCAGUGCAGCACUGCAACAGUCACCACCGGGCCUACGGGGCUUCGGCGCCGAUACCAGUGGCUCCAGGAGGCAGCGACUCAUCGACGGGCCUCUUCUCAUCUUCCAGCGACACGUUGGACUCGACCACGUGCGGCAGCCACGACCCGUCCACGUCCUCCGCUAUGGCGGCGAACGACAAUUUGCUGGGCAACAUCAUGGCGUGGUUCCACGACAUGAAUCCUCAAGGUAUCACCCUGGUCCCCUCGACCUCCUCCGACACCGAAUCGAACCUCGGCGCGCUCCACGCAGGCGGAGGAGGGUGCCUUGAGGAUGACGGGAAAGGCGGGGGCGUCCUGCCCGAGAGCAGCAAACCCCAGGAGGCGGAGGCAGAAGCGGGUUUCUCCUCUCGGAGACUGAGCGACGUGGCGGAGAAGGAGGGUGCCGUCGCCCAGAGGCCGACGCAGUUGGAUCUCGUGGGGCCGGACGCCGAGCCGCUGCCCUACGUGGCCGCCCUCGACCCGAGCGGAGACCACGCCGAACGGGGGUGCUCAAAGGUUCGCCGCGUCGACACUCCGCAGUUCGACUCUGGGUCCGACACGCUGCCCAGCAGCAGCUCCUCUGAGUGGGAGGACCAGGUGCACUUGGUAUGAACUGAUUGGCUGAGACGGGAGGGAGAGGCCCCAAAAAAAAAAAAAAAAACACUAUAGAUUGCAAAUUAAACCCGAGUUGAGAAAAUAUUCAGGUGGAAUGUAUACAGAAUGAAGAAUGUGUCUGUUCGCACUUGGUAGGAAAGAGGGGGAAGAAGUAUUAGGCCUCAGCAUUGAAGUCAGAUUGGUUUCCUGUCAGCCCCCCACAACAAUCAGCCCUCCUGGAAAACAAGCGCUUACAUCUGAUAACAUCUUUCUAGGAUAUAUUUCCUAAAAAUGAGUCUGCUGGUAGAAAUAUGCACAUUUGCUGUUGAGCUUUUUUCUGAAAUCAGUUUAAUAGGAGAGAAGAUACUUAUGCGUAGUGCAAGUAUUAUUAUUUGUUUCCACUGGAGUAAAACGCCUACUGUAUGUGUCUUGAGGGUUUUUCACCUGUACACACCUGCCUACUUCAUGGGUGCCAAACACUGACAAGCAAAGCACAGUUUGCAGUCACCAAGUGGAUUCUUCAAAGUAAAAUUGUGCCUGUUUAUUACAAUCUCCACCGCUCCGCUGAACGUCUCGAGCCAUAUUUCUAUUUGGACAUCGCGAUGGCUGUGUGAUGUUUUUCCAGAUCUCACUAUAUUAAAGCUAUAUAGUGCGCUGUGUAAAUCUGUAGUUUAAGACCAUAACAAUUUAGAUUCAUCAGUCAGUGGCCUCCUUUUUAUAAAAAAUAAAUGGAAAAAAAAACAUUUAAAAAUUGACCAGACCAACGGUAUUCAUCCCAAAGCCUCGGUCCAAACACUUUCAAUGGGAAAGCAACCGCUGACUGGGCCACUGGGCGUGGUGGGCCACUGGGCCACGGGGCGUGGUGGGCCACUGGGCCACUGGGCGUGGUGGGCCACUGGGCCACGGGGCGUGGUGGGCCACUGGGCCACUGGGCGUGGUGGGCCACUGGGCCACGGGGCGUGGUGGGCCACUGGGCCACUGGGCGUGGUGGGCCACUGGGCCACGGGGCGUGGUGGGCCACUGGGCCACUGGGCGUGGUGGGCCACUGGGCCACUGGGCGUGGUUCAGUUCAGUUCGUUGUGAAUCACAUUGUCGCUGGUUUCCGUCCUGCAGCCGAGCGUGACCGACUAAGUAGACAGUGAGUCGCCUUGUUUAUAUAAGGCAGGAGGAGAUAACCAGGCCUUCUCAUUCAGACGCUGGUGAGUUCAUUAAUCACGCCCACGUUAGUGUAAAUGAUGUCAUUCUCACUGGAGCUCCACAUAUGUACCGGGCUGCAGGGUAACGCAUGGGGAAGUCAUGAAUAUGUAUUGCAUCUCAAACACAUGGGGGGGGAGGUUCUCUACGCAACUAGAGAUACAGUCAGUGCCUUUUAUGUCAUUUUCUUUUGCUAAUUUACACAGUAUUACAGUGUAAACACCACUUUUUACCUUAAAGUUAUCUCACAUACAGUUUAGUGUGCAAACCUGAGAUCUUGAUUUGAUUUUUUUUUUUUCCCUCAUCAGAAUAUUUGUAGCAUGAGGCUUUUCUGUUAGUUCCAGUAAUAUUUUCUUAAUGGAUGACACAGAUUUUAUAUUAUUGGGUCAAACGGUUAAUACCUUCAAAUCAAGAAAUGAAUGCUCUUUUUUUUUUUGGGUGCAGAAACUACGACCACUGUAUGACUUUGGAGUGAAUUGAGCUGCUGUAUGUAUCUUACCUAAACACACUAAAUCGGAGAGUAGUUGCAAUAUAAAAGUAGGUUUUUAUUCGCAAUCAGUUUAAUCCAUUAAAGAAAAUGGAUUGUGAAUAACCAAUAUGACACAUUGAUCAGUGCUUUUUACCUUUUGAGACUUAUGUCUGAAAGGAAAUGACCUUUUAUCUCGUAUAGAGCCACAUUACAUCUGAAGAGAGUCGUGAUGAAGUUGCCAUCUGGUUAGUGGAGCUAACUUUGAAUGGACUUGGGUAAUGGAAGUGGGUUUGCCCCUUUUUGUGAAGCAGGAUGCUGAGUUUAAAUGGAAUUUGCACUUCCUUUGUGUUUCACGUCUAAUGUUCAGGUGAUUUAUUAUCAUUAUUUUUUUUAAAUGGCAUAGAACAUUUUGUAACUCGAUGAGAUUUUCUAUUGUAAAGCAACUAAUCCUUGAAAUGCUAUUUGCACUUUCAUAGUCUAUACUUGAUACAUUCCCUCUUUAUAUGAAACCUGUUUGAUGUGUGAUGCCAAUAAACUAUGGUGAGUUUUAA